AUGGCCUAUUUGGUUCCGAAGUCUGCGGGUUAUGAUUGCGUGAUUCAGAGGGACCAUUGCAGAGAGCUACUUGUCUUUUGGUGCUUUGGAGUUUACAAGAUCAUAGCUAUGAUUGCUAACAACAAGAACAACUUGUAUAUCUUUGGUAUCAGCAAGCUUUCUAUCUCUUGGUGGCACUGGUUAUCGGCAAUUCCUUUGAUGGAUCUCUACAACUAUACGCGUCUUAUGGAUGGAUCAUGUCAUCAACAAGCGAUGAGAGUCCGCGUUGACAUCUUUGGUGUUACCAAGGUCAUUUAUGCAUCUCCUCAAGGCAUUCAUCGUCAAGCUGCAUUCGAUUUCCAAUGA